GCACAGCUGUCACGAAGCUAUCCUUGGUAGAAUUUUGCGAAUGUAAAUCUGGCUACACUUAAUACUGUGGCUGUCUGGUUGUCAAACAAAGAGAAAAUACCUAUUUUUUUCCUAAAAAUCUAUUGUAUUUUGUGCUUUCUAUUAUUUUUACGCGUCAAGAUCGCAUAAUCAACCAGGCAAACUGGAUUGAAGAAAAUGAUGGAUUCGGACUCGUCCGGCGCGGACUUCUGCCGGUUCUGUCGUUCGGAGGCAUCGUCCGACAGGCCACUGUUCCAUCCUUGCAUCUGCACGGGCUCGAUAAAAUGGAUCCACCAGGAGUGUUUAGUGCAGUGGAUGCGAUACUCCAGGAAGGAGAUUUGCGAGUUGUGCGGUCACCGGUUCUCGUUUAUGCCGAUAUACUCGCCGGACAUGCCUCGCAGACUGCCUAUCCGCGACGUGGUGGGCGGGCUGGUGACGUCCGUCGCGUCUGCCGUUAAAGACUGGCUGCACUACACCCUGGUCGCGCUCGCCUGGCUCGGGAUUGUGCCGCUCACCGCCUGCAGAACCUACCGCUGCCUGUUCUCGGGAUCCCUAGACCCAGUGAUUUCAUUACCCUUUGACAUAGUAUCAGCUGAGAAUCUUGCUAAAGAUGUGUUUUCCGGUUGUUUUGUUGUGACAUGCACACUAUUCUCCUUCAUUGGACUUGUAUGGCUGAGAGAGCAAAUAAUGCAUGGUGGUGGUCCUGACUGGAUGGAGAGAGAGAACUUGCCAGCGCCUCCCCCUGAGGACUUGCCACUGCAGGAUAAUAAUAAUGAUCGUGUGAAUAAUGGGGCUGGGGAUGGUGAAGUUGGGCUCAGAGAUGAAGUGAAUGGGGAAGUUGGUGAAGAUGCUCUAGUUGGUGAUGAAGCGAACUGGAACCCUAUGGAGUGGGACCGAGCUGCUGCUGAGGAGCUGACAUGGGCCCGUCUGCUGGGGUUGGAUGGUUCUAUGGUGUUUCUGGAGCAUGUAUUCUGGGUUGUGUCCCUGAAUACAUUGUUUAUUGUGGUGUUUGCCUUCUGUCCGUACCAUAUUGGGAGGUUGGGGGCUGCUAUGGCAGGAUUGACAGCUGAAGGUCCAUUUGCUGGGCCCCUGACAGCUCUGGCUGGCUAUGUGUUGGUGGGAGCAAUUCUGGCAGUGCUGCAUGGGAUGGCCUCUCUGCUGCGUCUACGAAGCGCUAAGAAGGCACUCGGAUUCUGUUACGUGGUUGUGAAGGUUGCAUUGCUGUCUGUGGUUGAGAUUGGAGUAAUUCCCCUCGUAUGUGGCUGGUGGCUCGACCUUUGCUCGCUGUCAAUGUUCGAUGCCACCCUGAAGGACCGUGAGUCGAGCCUACAAGCAGCACCAUGGACCCUUAUGUUUAUUCACUGGCUGGUCGGCAUGGUCUAUGUGUACUACUUCGCGUCAUUCAUUCUUCUGUUGAGGGAAGUUUUAAGACCUGGCGUGCUGUGGUUCUUGAAGAAUUUGAAUGAUCCUGACUUUAGUCCUGUGCAGGAAAUGAUCCAUCUAUCAGUCUGGUCGCACAUUCGCCGUCUGGUGGUGUCAGCUAUGAUCUUCGGCACAGCAGUACUCUUCAUGCUGUGGUUGCCUAUCAGAGUGAUCAAAUACGUACUCCCUGGAUUCCUGCCUUAUGCCGUCGCCGUUCACACAGACGCUCCGGUCAAUGAACUCAGCUUGGAGCUGCUGUUGCUUCAGGUGAUCCUCCCAGCUUUACUAGAACAAUCCCACACUCGUACAUGGCUGAAGGCAGGCGUCCGUGCGUGGUGUGCUUGUGCCGCCGGAGCCCUAGGGCUGCGGUCUUACUUGUUAGGCGAGAUGAGACAUGACCAGCCGAUGCCACAUCCGCCAAGACCGCCGCAUCAACUUGGGGCUGCUCAUCAGGCAUUAAUGCGUCGCGACGGUCCCGCCGGCUUCGAGCCUUAUGUCCGAGUGUCUUGGUUCCCGGUUCGUCUCGGCGCCUUGUUGAUCCUCGUCUCCAUCUCGCUGGUGCUAGCCAGCGCGUUGACUCUCGUAAUCCCUGUCGCUAUAGGAAGGCGAGUAAUGGCAUUGUGGCUACCAAAGGCAUCAGAUGGCGUUCACGAACUUUAUACAGCUGCGUGUGGCAUGUACGUAUGCUGGGCAGUGGGUCGCGGCGGUACCCUCGCCGCAGGCUGGGCCCGCGGGGGCCGCGCCCUGCUGGCGGCCCGAGCCGCGCUGUGGGCGCGAGUAGCGGCCCGGGCUGCGCUGGCCGCGCUCGCGUUGUUGGGGCUCGUGCCGCUGAUGUUUGGGUUGCUGUUGGAGCUGGUACUAGUAAUCCCUCUCCGAGUGCCGAUCGAGCAAUCCCCAGUGUUAUUCGUGUGGCAGGACUGGGCGUUAGGCGUCUUGUACACUAAGAUAGUCUGCGCUCUAACCAUGAUGGGCCCCGACUGGGCCAUGCGACGAGCUAUAGAGAAGGCCUACAGAGAUGGCAUUAGAGAAAUGGAUCUUAAGUUCAUUCUCCGUGAAAUCGCAGCACCUUGUGUCUGCUGGCUGGGUCUAGCGCUAGCAGUACCGUACGCACUAGCGCACUCGAUACUGCCGCUGGCGGUCAGCGCGCCGGCGCAGCGCAACUUGCUAGCGCGACGCGUGUAUCCCGCGCUGUUGCUCACUGCGCUAGUCGUUGCGCUUACCGUCUUCCAGAUACGCCAAUUCCGCAAACUCUACGAGCACAUAAAGAACGACAAGUACCUCGUAGGCCAACGCCUCGUCAACUACGACCACCGGCGACACAAACAGCAACAGAGCACCGUCCCCGCCAACUGAACUGUGACGUCAUUCCCGUGACGUCAUCCCCGUGACGUCAUACCCGUGACGUCACCGCGUCACUCGUGACAGAGCGUGUGAUAGACACCAACGAUCUCUGUAAUUAUAAAAACCCUUCUUAUAAGCGAAACUUUUUAAAUAGGGAUUCUCCGUCUUUUGUUUUUUUUUUAAACAUUUUUCUCGAACAUUAUAAAGAUUGAUAAUGUUAAAUUUCGAUAUUACAUCCUUGUAAUGCUCGCCAAAAAAUGCUGAACUAAGUACCGUAAUAUCGAGGUACGGAGUUAUACUUGAAUUAGUCGAUAUUCACUAUGUCUUGUAAAUAAAAAUGUUUUAGUCACUAAACUUUUAACCCACGUAAUAUUGGCAUUCCUUGUAUAGAAACAUUAGAUCUCAUAGCCACGCUAUUUAUUGGAGCCAAGCUUAGUAAAUAGCACAAUGUGAAUUGUCUCUUCACACCGCCUCUGUCACGAACCGGAAUGUUUUUCUAAGCAUAAGUAUCGAUAUUCAUUCGAUUAUUUUUGACUAUUCUUAAAAACAUGUGGAACGUUUACCAAAAAUGGCUAAAGAGAACACUAAAUGUUAGAAAUGCGAUGCGAGAAUUUUAAUCGAAUAAUGUUUAGUCGAUUAAUGAAAUUGACGACCAUUACGAAAAGAUAUCGAUUUAAAAUCGGUAAAUAUUUAAUUGCACGACAAUGAUGAGUAAUCGAUUAAACAUUAAUCGAUUGAAAAUGAAUCGUUGGCAUUUAUUUUAAGUCAAUCGGCAUGAAAUUUAUUUUUAUGUAGAAAAAGGUUAUAAAUAUUUUAAAAGACACGAAAGUGAGAGAAUCGGGUUUAUAUCGACUGGACACAAUUUAUCGCCACAUGUAACUUUUUAAGUACAAUUAUAAGGGGAGUGGGGUGCACACAGUAAAACAAACGCUCCAAAAACAUCUAUACUCCAUUUAAAAUAACAUUAGAAAUUUAAGUAAACCUUUUUUACUGUUUGUUCAACCGAUUUUGACUUCUAUUGCGUUAGUAGUAUGAUUAAUGGCGGCUGCAGUAAAUACUUGGUAUUGUAACCACUAUUUUGCUUUCAAUUCCGUUCUUUUGUCUACAGAAUAGAAGUCAAAAUCGGUUGAUCAAACAGUAAAAAAGGUUUACUUAAAUUUCUAAUGUUAUUUUAAAUGGCGUAUAAGUUGAGCAAUUUUCAGCUUUAUGGCUUAAGUAAUGAGAUUGAAAAUUGAUUGACCUAGAAUUUUGUCUAGCGUACGUGAGGCCAUUUCUAAUACAUAGCGUGAACUCUGAUAACAUACAAUUUAUUAAGGUCACAGAGCGUCAUGGUAAAUUAAUUUUACAUGCUCGCCUUGGAAGCUGUUUUUAAGUUACUCAGAGUCGAAGCAGUCAUAAUAAUUUCUAAUGCCUUUAUUUCUUCUAAUCAAUGUUUUCAUUAUAAAGUAUUAGGAUUGUUUGCUAUAGUUUCGAACCUGCUCCCAAUCUUGCAGCAUUUCUUCUAUAUAAGUCGCUUUAUCAUUGUGCAAGUAACGAGCACGCAGUAACGAAUCACACAUUUUCUUAGAAUUAUUUUACUUGUUAUAAUUAUUGUAAUAUUCUGGCCUUAAUUUUUUGCAAGGUCGACAUGUUAAUUUGCCAAUGUAUAUUAUAAAUAUAAAGUUAUAAAUAAAUGCGCUUCUGUUGUAAUCAUUCCCCUAUUGAUAAUACAUAUCCUGGAUGGUGGUUUUUUGUGUAAAUGUUACUUGCACAGUUUUGCACACAUUUCAGACUAUAUGGGAUCGGAAAAUCAAAGUUAAGAUUGUAUUCUCGACAUUGGACCGUACCACCAGAGGGCGUUUUAUUACCGAACUAUUCGAUUUAUUUCUCUAUCAAUCGAAAAACUGCCUGAAUGUAAUUUCAUUCUUGAACACAUACCUCCAAGAACCAAUGUCGAGUCUAUGACAUAUAAUCAAAAUCGCUAAAAUGACAUUCGUAAAGUUCGUGCAUACGCUCAAAGGAACUAAAUCUUCAAGAAGUUAGUCUGAGCUAACCAUCACAUUUAUCCAACAGUUAUUAUUAUCUUAUAUUAUAAUUUAGAUUAACAUCCAAUGGUACGCUUCUUGUUUGUUUUCUUAGAAGAUAAACUAUAGACACAGUUUUAACUUGCCAGCCAAUAUCCGACCGUAUGCAUAUUAGAAUAGGAUUCAAUUUUGAAAGGAGAAUGGCCCUUUACUCUUCAGCAUAUUUCGAAAGCAUUUUAAAUACUGAUGUAAGUGAGGGUGCCAAAAACUACAGCUAUCGUGCGUAGUGUGACCAAUCGUUACCAGUUUAAUUAUUUUUUGAUAUGGCAACACUAAUUUAUGCCUCUCUCUCGUACUCAAUAUGUGCGAGUGGGAGGCAGAUUUUGUGUUGUCCCCGAUGCCUUUUUCAGUGAAAUUAAAAUUAAUAUUUUGGGCUAUUCUCCUUUCUCACGGCUUUUCGUAUAAUUUCGGCUAAAUGUUACUUUUUACAAUUUAAAAUAAUAAUACUAUUUCUGUGUAAAAUCUUUUUAGCUUAUCAGUUUUGGUACAGAAUUCAAUUUACGAAUAAUAUUUUUUUAUAUCCAAAAGUGGUAUUCGAAUUCUGUCAGCCAGUUUUAAGGUCGUGUAAUUUUAUAGCGUUACUCUAUAAAAAAAAACUUGAGCUAAUGAAAAAAAAGUGUCUGCCUAUAAUUUACGUAAAAUAGUUUAAAAAAUGAGGUGGUGAAAUUAGCAAAAAAAUAUUUUUAUUUUAAUUCAUCUAGUGUUAAGUAGUUUUAUAUAAACAUUAUUUAUUGUACACUGCUCAAUCUUAUAUGUGUUUUAUUGUUUUUAAAAUAAUCGUUUUCAUUUUAAUACACUGGGGUCUAUCCUUAAAUUGUUUCUUAAAGGUUUAGUACUGUGUACAAUUAUAUUUAUAGGUCUACAAAAUCAACAAUGUAGAUGUAAUAAAUAUAAAAAAGACUUGAAAAGUGGUUUUAAUCAUGCACCUAUUUUUUAUUUAAUAAAAAAGUAUGAUGUCAGCUUUUUUGCAUUGAGAAUAGACCUCUUGGGUAUUUUAAUUAUGUCUUUCUAUUCCUUGGCUUUAAGUCUAUCAUAUUUCUAUACAUAAUGAUCCAUACGCUAAUGCGAGAAAGAGAUGCGGCAAUGGCAUGGAGAAUAAAAUAACUAGCGGAGGUGCCAUAACGAAACAUCUGUGUGUGCGGGGGAUGGAAAACUAUUCGCCCAUAAAGGCCUUCUUUGAGCCUGGCCAUUAUUUUUAAUACCAAUAGUUUACUACCGAACCCUAAAAAUCGUCUGAUGUCUCAAAGAACCCUUGUCAGUUCGCUUGUAACUGAUUGUUUUGGUCAUGCCCACCGUACCCAUUUAACCUAGAAGGCGCUUGACCUACCUGUAUUAUGGCUCCUCCGCUCAUCUUUCCUUCCUCCGUGGGCUAUGCGCACAUCGUCUGUCGUCUGUUUUUCGCAAUAGUUAUUGAAUUAUUACGGCCCUCGUAUGUAAAUUGUAGAGAUAAUUUUUGACUGGCGUAGUAUGGUUAUUUCAGUUUAACGAUUAUCAAUGGUGAAUUAAUAUGAUUUAGAUGACAUUAGAUACAGGCAAUAAGCAAUUUGUAAACAAAUAAAAUGAUUAUCGAAAUA